AUGGCGACCGAGUUCGAGAAAUCUCAGGCUUCUGGAAAAGUCUUUAAAAAGGAUCAAAAACGCACCAACUGCUUCCUCGAGCAAUAUCUGAUCCCGAUUGCCCAAGCAGCCGAGGGCGACACAUUCUGGGAGGAAAAAUUGAUAGCUGGGAUUGACACAGAGCGCUGUCGAAAACUGCCUAAUGUCUACGUCAAUGUACUUGUACAAUAA